AUGGCUGAAGCGGUGGGUGGCAGUGAUACGAGCAACCGCUCUGACGAAAAUGGGCCUGAGGGUUCGUCCCCGAAACCUGUGCUCCCUGCCGCUACCGUCUCGAGAGUGAAGCUUGUCGACACGAUGAUAGCGACUUUCCUCCAAAAGCUGGUCGCUGCCGGGAGCUACCAGAGGUUCGCUGACUGUUACAAGCGCUUCUACCGGCUGCAGCCCGAGAUGACACAGCGGAUCUACGACAAGUUUGUAACUCAGCUGCAGACCUCUGUCUGGGAGGAAAUCUCUGAAAUCAAACAGGAGGGGAAUCUGGAAGCUGUCAUGAAUGCCCUGGACAAUAUUGUGGAAGAAGGCAAAGACCGAAAGGGGCCAGCGUGGCGGCCGAGCGGGAUACCGGAGGCAGACCUGCGCAGCGCCAUGGUGCCCUACUUCCUGCAGCAGCGGGAUGCCCUGCAGCACCGCGUACAGAAGCAGAAGGCCGAGAACCAGCAGCUGGCAGACGCCGUGCUAGCUGGGCGCAGGCAGGUGGAGGAGCUGCGGCUGCAGGUCCAGGCCCAGCAGCAGGCCUGGCAGGCGCUGCACAGAGAGCAGAGGGAGCUGCUGGCUGUGCUGAAGGAGCCAGAGUGA